AUGUCUAACGAUUCUGCUGAUUACAACAGCGACCAUGUGGGGCCAGAUGGGAUGGAGCCAGAUGGUGUCAUCGAGAGUAAUUGGAACGACAUUACCGACAACUUUGAUGACAUGAACCUGAAGGAGACGCUCCUUCGGGGAAUUUACGCUUAUGGUUUUGAGAAGCCGUCGGCCAUUCAGCAGAGGGCUAUCAUCCCGUGCAUUAAAGGCUAUGAUGUGAUUGCCCAAGCCCAGUCAGGCACUGGCAAGACGGCCACAUUUGCCAUCUCUAUCUUGCAGCAGCUGGACAUAGAGCAGAAGGAGACUCAGGCUCUGGUCUUGGCUCCCACCCGAGAGCUGGCUCAGCAGAUUCAGAAGGUCAUCCUGGCUCUGGGCGACUACAUGGGGGCCACCUGCCACGCCUGCAUCGGAGGCACCAAUCUCCGCAGCGAGAUCCAGAAGCUUCAGGCCGAGGCGCCGCACAUAGUGGUGGGCACGCCGGGUCGGGUCUACGACAUGCUCAACAGGAGGCAUUUGUCUCCUAAAUGGAUCAAGAUGUUUGUUCUGGACGAAGCGGACGAGAUGUUGAGUCGAGGUUUCAAAGAUCAGAUCUACGAGAUCUUCCAGAAACUGAGUACAAACAUUCAGGUGGUCCUCCUGUCGGCCACCAUGCCAACGGACGUGCUGGAGGUGACCAAGAAAUUCAUGCGUGAUCCCAUCCGCAUUUUGGUGAAGAAAGAAGAGCUUACCCUGGAGGGUAUUAAGCAGUUCUACAUCAACGUGGAGCGGGAGGAGUGGAAGUUAGACACCCUGUGCGACCUCUACGAGACUCUGACCAUCACGCAGGCGGUCAUCUUUCUCAACACCCGAAGAAAAGUGGACUGGCUGACCGAGAAGAUGCACGCCAGGGACUUUACCGUUUCCGCUCUGCACGGAGAUAUGGACCAGAAGGAGCGCGACGUCAUUAUGAGGGAGUUUAGGUCUGGCUCCAGCAGAGUCUUGAUCACUACAGACUUGCUGGCUCGUGGUAUCGACGUGCAGCAAGUCUCCCUGGUCAUCAACUACGACCUCCCCACAAACCGAGAGAACUACAUUCACAGAAUCGGCCGCGGCGGUCGCUUCGGCAGAAAGGGAGUGGCCAUCAACUUUGUGACCGAAGAGGACAAGAGGAUCCUGCGCGACAUCGAGACGUUUUACAAUACCACGGUGGAGGAGAUGCCCAUGAACGUGGCUGACCUCAUUUGA